GGGGGGGGGAAAAGGAAGGUAAUUGGACUGAGCGGCUUCAGAACAAAAUUGUAAUUUAGGACUUCGGCUGUUUGAUGGACCCAGCCUUAACUUAUGGUGGAUCUCUGUCUUCGAUUCCUACUGUUUUGACCGAAGUUGCUGAAGCUUGCAUGCUGCUUCAUGCAGUCACACGUUCUGGGUCAUGAAACUUAAUCCACAGCAAGCACCAUUAUAUGGUGACUCCGUAAUCACCAUAGUGCUUACUGAGGAUGACCAGGUGGGAGGCGAUGAUGUAGUGUUCUACCUCGUGUUUACUGGCUCUGCCGUUCAACACUGUACCAGCACAAGGAAACGUGAUCCGGUGACACUGGAGACCAUCGUGCCUGGCCACGACUGCUGUGAGACAGUGAAAGUCGCUCUCUGCGCUUCCAAGCAAGACCAGCCUGUUCUAGUGGUGGCCAAAGACACUUUCCAGUUUGUGCAGGAUGAAGCUUACGAUGCGGCCCAGUUCCUGGCCACCUGUGCGGGCAACCAGCAGGCCCUCAACUUCACAAGGUUCUUGGACCGCUCCCGGCCACCUGCGGAGGAUGUGAACUACCUGGAUGAGAAAGUGACCCUGGCGUUUCGUCACCUUAAGUUGCCAGACGAGUGGAACGUCCUGGGAACAGAUGACGCUCUGAACGAGAAUGUUCCUCGGGAGACGUUGAUGCAUUUUGCAGUCCGGCUGGGACUCCUUCGACUUACCUGGUUCCUGUUGCAUAAACCCGGUGGAAGAGGAGCCCUUUGUGUCCCCAACAGUGAAGGAGCUACCCCCAUAAGCUUGGCCUCGGAGAGAGGCCAUCAGAAGCUCCAUCAGCUGCUGACAGAAGAAGAAGCAGGUGAACCGGAGUCCUGGAGCACAUUGUCACAUACGGUUUACUCUGGAGAAUAUUGUAUCAAAUACCAUCAGAGACAGAACAUUUAUACUCUGACAGCUGAAAGAAAGAAAGAAAUGACAUCCAAUAUGGAGAAGGCCAUCGUCUGCCUCCAGACAUACCUGCGGAGCCAUCCACGUACGGACACAAGGGAGCAACCCCACCUUCGACAAGUCAACGAGGGCUGCGGUUCGGGUGCUGAAGUGGGGGGUCCUGCCUCUGCCCUGGGUCCCAGUAGGAGCGAAGACAUGGGCGAAUCUGCCCCACUGGAUCUGGAUGCGAUAGAGAUCUCGGUCCCACCCUGCGUGGAGGAGGAGGGCAGCUGCCAGCCACUGCCGGAGCUGUUAGUCACCCCGACAAAUGCAUCACGGCCACCGGAGGAUGCAGACAGCGCCGAGUCUUCCUGCAGAAGUAAAAGUACAGCCUCCGGACACCACAAAGAGGAAGAGGAGGUGCUGGCCUCUGCCGUUGGCUGUGGGGCACCGUCAGAGGCAAGCUGCAGGAACCAGCGCUCGGGUGCUGUUUCUGAUAUUGCUGCCGGCCUCCCUUCCUCUGGAAAUGCAAACGAGGAAGCUGGCAUGACCUCUCCUGUGGAGCCAGGUGACCCGUGUGAAAGCAGCCGUUUGCCCCCGGAGGCACCGCACGCUGAAGCGGGACCGGCUGAAAGUGCCACCGAGCCUUCCGCUUCCUCGGAGGAUGGCACGGUAGAGAUGGGGCAAGGCGAAUGCAAGAGCUGUACUGGAGCUGUGGACGUGGCUGCCAUAGCCCACCAGUGUGUGGUGCGUGGGGAGGAGGAGGAGGAGGAGGAGGAGGAAGUCAAGCCCCCGGGAAGCAAAGGUGGGGAACCCUUAUCCUCUACUGGUGCAGCACCGGCAGCUCUGGCUGUCUCCUUGCACGGAGAGGUGAGUGCCGUUGCUGCCUGCAAAGCUCCGGAUCCUGGUGGACCUGAGCGUGCCGCAGAUCUCCAAGGUGAUGGACAUAGAACU